UUGUAGUAUACAUAUAUUGGAACACUUUUCACGCAAGAACGUGUGUGUGUAUAUAUAAACAUGCAUUAUAUUUACAAUGCCGAUGGAUAGAGUGGAGUGUAGUUUCUUCUGCAAUUUCUGAAACACUACUAAUAUAAUACAAACAUAAUAUUUUCUCUGGGAAAUAAAAAGAGCGAUUUCUGUGCAAGAAGAUGAAGUUCGGGAAGGAAUUAGCUUCCCAGAUGGUUCAAGAAUGGGGGGAAGCAUACAUGGAUUACACUUCUCUGAAAGGACUCCUGAAAGACAUCUUGAAAUUCCGGCAAACGAACGCCGCCGCGGCGCAAUCAUCUGCGGCGGCAACGCGGAAGAAUUCCUUGAAGAGAAGGCUGUCGAUGUACAGAGCCUUCAGCGGGCUGACGAAUCGAUUCAACACUCCCAGGAGCAAUAAGGAAGAAGAUGAAGAAGGAGUUACAAUACUGGUGAGCACUGUGGAGCAGGAAGGGAUUAUUGGAGCGCCGCCGCGGUACCAAACGACGUUCCUCGUGUCGUCGUCGUCGGAAGCCGGCGGAGAACACGAGCUGGCGUUCUUCAGAAAGCUUGACGAUGAAUUGAAUAAAGUUGUUAGGUUUUACAGAGAAAAGGUGGAGGAAGUGAGGAAGGAGGGAGAUGAGCUUAGUGAGCAGAUGGAUGCACUUAUAGCGUUUCGGAUCAUGGUAGAAAAACCUGAAAUUGAGCUUCAUGCUGCAGCCCACAGAAAAGAUUCUGCAGCUGCUACCCAUGCCAGAAAACAAGCCAAGUCAUAUAUGGAUGCAAUACAAGAAACUGAGAUGAGUGGUGAAGAGAGUAUAAGAAUGAGUAAUGAUCAAAAGAAGAGAAGGAUGGAAGAAGAGGAGAAGACUGAUAACUUCACAAACUUUAGGCCUGCUCCACUGGAAGUGUUGGAUCACAUAAAAGUCAAUGUUGAGCCUGAAACACCCAUCUCCACAUUGAAGAAUAUUUUGAAGACAUCAAAUUCUGAUUUGAAGUUCAACAGAGUGGAGCUAAGUAAAGCAGAAGAAAGAAUGAGAAAGGCAUUCAUGGAGUUCUAUCAACAGCUUAGGCUUCUAAAGAGUUACUGUUUCUUGAACACAUUGGCAUUUUCAAAGAUCAUGAAGAAGUAUGACAAGAUCACUUCAAGGAAAGCUUCAAGAUCAUACUUAGAGAUGGUUGAUAAGUCUUAUCUUGGAAGCUCUGAUGAGGUUAGUAGACUCAUGGAAAGAACGGAAGCCGCGUUCAUAAAACACUUUGCCAAUGGAAAUAGAAGGAAAGGAAUGAGUUCUUUAAAGCCACACGUGAAACGAGAGAAGCACAGAAUCACAUUUUUUCUUGGCUUGUUCUCGGGCUGUUCGAUAGCAUUAAUUGCAGCGAUUAUUGUUUUGAUACGUGCUAGAAAUCUUCUUCGACACAAGGGGAGUGCUCAGUUUAUGGAAAAUAUAUUUCCACUUUACAGUUUAUUUGGAUUUAUUGUCCUGCAUAUGCUAAUGUAUGCUGGGGACAUAUACUUUUGGAGGCGAUACCGCAUAAAUUACCCCUUUAUAUUUGGCUUCAAGCAAGGAACAGAACUCGGUUAUCGAGAAGUUUUCCUCCUUGCUUCAGGCCUUUCUGUGCUUGCUUUGGCUGCUGUACUCUCACACUUGGAUAUGGAAAUGGACCCUGCAACAAGAAGUUAUAAGGUGCUCACCGAGUCGGUUCCACCAAUCCUGAUUACUCUUCUGCUUAUAAUAACAUUCUGCCCUCUCAACAUCGUGUAUCGAUCGAGUCGUUUCUUCCUCAUCACAUGCGCCUGGCAUUGCAUCUGGGCUCCCCUUUUCAAAGAGAGCCUGCCUGAUUUCUUCUUGGCAGAUCAACUUACCAGCCAGGUUCAGGCCAUCAGGAGCUUGGAAUUCUACAUCUGUUACUAUGGAUGGGGAGAUUUCAGAAAACGAUUAAACAAUUGUCAGAACAGCAAAAUCUAUCAAAUCUUUAAUAUAGUUGUAGCAGUAAUCCCAUUCUGGAUUCGGUUACUCCAGUGCCUUCGUCGAUUCUUCGAGGAGAAAGAUCAUAGCCAAGGGGUAAAUGGCCUGAAGCACUUCACAACAGUGGCUGCACUGGUGCUAAGAACACUGUAUGAGCUAAAGAAAGGAGCAACCAUGAGAAUCCUGGCUGCAGUCUUCUCGGGAAUCACCACGAUCGCCAAUACGUACUGGGACAUCGUUAUAGAUUGGGGUCUGUUGCAGAGAAACUCCAAGAACCCUUGGUUGAGGGACAAACUCCUUGUUCCAAACAAGGCUGUCUACUUUGCUGCAAUUGUGAUGAAUCUGAUACUGAGGCUUGUGUGGAUGCAACUAGUCCUGGAUUUUAAUCUGCCAUUCCUCCAUAAGAAAGCCAUGGUUGCCAUUAUUGCCUGUCUGGAAAUCAUCCGUCGCGGAAUUUGGAACUUUUUCAGGUUGGAGAAUGAGCAUCUGAAUAAUGUUGGCAAGUAUCGAGCUUUCAAGUCUAUGCCAUUGCCAUUUAACCAUGAAGUAGACAAGAGAUUAUAGCUGCUUUUGGCUAUGGGAAAUGGCAUGGUGUUCAUGUCCCUUUCUCUAGCUUUGCAGUUUUAGAAUUGCAUCUGCACAUCUGCAGAUGCAGUUGUUAUGCCGUGGAACCGUAUCCACCUUGCAUGAACUCUAUGUUCAU